AUGAAUUUAUCAAAUUCAUACACGGAAAGAAAAUUACGGCAGCAUCGUAAAAAUCAACAUACUGAGAGUCUAGUCCUGGAUUACGAUGUUACCAAUAGUUCAAGUUUUGAAGAAAACAAGUUUUUUGAAUCAAGAUUGUUUUUCUAUCAGUGUACUAUAGCCCCGAGAAUUGAUUUACAGCUACUAAAAGAUCUGAGAGUAGCCAAUCGUUUGUUACACAGCACUCACUAUUCUCCUAACACAACUCAUAUUACUGACCGCACACAACUAUAA